AUUAACAACAACAAUUAAUUACCGAAUGCACCGAAUGUUGAAUGUCAACAACUCUCGUUGCCACGGAUAUUAGACUAACAUUAACUUGUGUGUGGAUAAAAACGUGCACUGGAAAGAUUAAAACGAUGGCAUCGAUUAUAACAGCAAAAACUGUCUACAGGCUGAUGGCAAUUUUGUUAUGCAUCGCGAAACUUGUUACGUCGGUCUUUCUGAUGAGUACUGGAGACAGUCAAUGGGCUAUUCUCUCCAAUGGUACGCUUGUAAGCCGGGACACGUGGGAUGUCCUCGAAGAAGUCAAUUCAGGUAUUAUUGUUGAAGUGAAACCAAGUAUUUUGGGAGCUGUUACAAAUAUCAUCACAGCGUUAAUGAUGUUCUAUGGAAUAGUAACGAACAAACCGAAAUGGUUAUACCCCGCUCUGAUGAACGCAAUGGUCAGUCUCUUGUUCGAUUGCAUUAGCGCCUUUUUCUACUCCGUAAUGGACGACGUCGUCAGGGAGAAUGUGGUGUAUCCGCGUUUCAUUACUAUCUUCUCUGUCGUAAUUGUGGGGCAAGUUAUUCUCGUCCAUGGAACAAUGCGAUUCUUAAGAGCAAUUAGAACAGUGAGAACCCAAAAUGAGUGACGCUGACAUAGAAGGUACGACAAACAAAAGAGAUUACUGGCCGGAGAAGGCUUUCCCGGAGUAACGUGUGCGUUGACGUGGUAGAGGGUCCGAACAAGCACUCCGUUCGCUGGAGGCUUUAUGGACGGAUUAGUCGGAGGCCACCACAUCUGACCGUGUUGUGAGGACCCACCUUGAUCUCAGAGGCGUCUCUUAUCACCUGUGCUUAAGUGAUAUUUAUUCCCAAUUUCACCGAUUCCGAACGAAUUUACAAUCUAUUUUAGUAUUUAGUUAGGAGGAAUAAAUCCUUUGAAAGUGUGACGAAGUUCAUGAAUUUGAAUAGACUGGAUUUU